AUGCAGACUGGUCAGGGCACAAACAAUCUCGUCACGGGCAUCAAAGACUGUGCUGUGCGACGUGGUGUCUCAUCGGGGUCUGAUGCCACUGGCGCACAACAAACUAUUACUGGAUCAGUUUCGAAAUAUACAGUGGAGGCUCAUCGUGCCUUGAUAGCGAUGCGUUGCGCGGUCAAUAAACGCCCAUUCAACUCAGUAGCAGAUCCUCUCUAUAUCGAAGAGGUAAAGCUCUUGCGCCCAGAUGUGACUCUG